AUGUCGAAAGAUGAGAUACAAGCCAUCAUCGAGAACAACAUACAUUUAUGGCCCGCAAACAAGAAAUACAAGCCUCGUCGAGAUACGACGAAGCGUGUCAUGAUCAAUGUGAUCCUCAAUCUAGCUAACGGCUUCCGGAAAGGUCAAGAUCGCAGCGCCACUGUUGGCGCGAGUGGUGAAAACCUGCCCAAAGAUUCAAACGAAAGUGAUGUCGAAGAUAGCGACGGAUUGGAGGACGUACCAAAUGCGUCAUACGUACCACCAGAAACGACUUUCGGAUGUAGUCCACAUCCGGUUGAACAGGAUUCUUCGAAAGGUGACAAUGUUCUUGAUAUCCUGCCUCGUGAACCUCAGGCUCACAGAGAGGUAGAGCCUAUCAAUGACGUUCCGUGGACUAAUCAAGACCCCUCAGGAGGCUUCGAAGACGCGCAACAAGCGCAUUUCAGAGACACUGAGCCAGCAAUGACUAAUAGUGUUGCAUACGCGCCUCAGAACUGGCAUUCCCAUGAUGGAUUAUGGAGUACAGACCGCUCUUCCAUUCGCCAUGCAGAAGAUCAGCUGAAACUCCAUUCAAAUAUCACUAAUGAAUUCGGUGCCGAGAGUGGCCAGCGAUCCCUCGCUCCCGCACAUGAAAUACGGCAGGCGGUCGAUAUCAGGAUUAUAGAUCAUCGAGAGCCUGAUAUUCCGACAAUGCAGAGCACACUCUAUCUCCGAUGUUUCGUCAAAGGACUAUCUGAGUACAUUGAGGCGGAAGACCUCGUCGAGACACUCCAGAACUCACCAUGUUCCAUUGAAGGAAACGCUCGUCUCGCCAUGCUGUCCGACGGCGAUUUGGAGCCAUUCGUGAAGCUUUCUGGGCUGGACGUUGGAGUCAAUCGGCUGUGUUCUCGUAACGCCUUACCUCUCUCAUUUGGAAGGCCGUUGGAAUUGCACGUGCUCAAGUUGUUGAAAAUGGACCAUGUUGGCGGCGAAACCCUCGCUCUAUCGGGAGAACAAUUCGUCAGGCCGUCUAGCAAGCGAAAGCUCUCCUCGGAGUUCGCGCCGAGAGAAUCUAAGCGUGUUCGACAGGAGUGGGCAGAAGACAGGCAUACAGCGCGAGCCGAUAUGACAACCUUCUUGGAAGAAGCAGCCGCCGUAUUCCAGCAUAUUAAAAAUGUCAGCACUGCGGCCUCCGACACAGUUUUUUUGGAAAGCUGGCAGUCCUUCGCUACCACAAAAGGAGGCAAAGAUUUAUCCGAUGCUGAUAUUGUUAAGGCGUACCAGUUCGCAUUCGAUUUCGUACAGAGAUGGGUUGGGCAGGCUAUUUGGAUCAAACGAGAUGGCAGAAUGUACAUGAUGCAGAUCAAGAAGAAGCACUUGCAUACAGUGCUUGAUAGGGACAGCAGCUGGUUUACACCUGCGAACAAGGUUGUUGCUGCAUUGAACGAAAUUGGACCUCACUCUGCACACCCUGAUGAGAAGGUAGUAGAGAGAGUCACGAACGAUGAACGCGGGCGGGGGCAGGAUCAGCUGCGUAUCCUGCUAUUUUGCAGACGCACGUUUCGCCGCCACGAAGCCCGCAUGUGA